UAGACUUCAGGGAAAACGAAGGUGAAACAUACAAAUCUAUAACAGCAAUCUUUCAAUCAACUUGUUUGACCAACAGAAGUUGCGUACUUGCCUAUUCACAAUGAAAGUGAAAGAUGCAGAGCCUUAUAAGCAAAGAGCAACAUAGGCACAAAGGGCAGUAUUUAAAUUGUAAAGAGGAAACAACAUUGAAAACAACUUCACUCAACAGUUCCUUGGCUCUAAUGGAAGCAUCAGAACUGUUUCAGCAACAGACUGAGUAUCUGGUGAAUAUUCUGCUGGAUGAAGAAAGUUCAAAUGAUUUUGCAACAGGCUUUCGGUGUCUUGCACCCAGUGAGGAACCUGUAGAAGAUGCUGAAGCAAUCAGCAGCUUAGGCCAUCAUCUACGUGAGCUGGGAGAUCUGAUCAACAGGGAGCAUUUGGAUUCCUUCACAAGAGACUUCCAGAGACUGGCAGCCCAGCAAGCAGCUGAAAAGACAUGCCAGCUAUUUUUCGAUACGGUGGAUCAAAUCAGCAAGGAGCAGUUCCAUGAGCUUGCUAUUGAGAAAAAUCUGCUGAAGGUGGCGGGGUCAUUGGGAAAGCAAGCUUCAAAGGAAAUGCCGGAUCUGCUUGAAGAGAUAAAGGCAAGCAUGCAAAGCUUCAUGAGUACCAGACUGGGAAGUUGGAUAUCUGCUGUUGGAGGAUGGGUCUGGCACAUUCCCGGAAUCUGUGCAAUUGCAGUCACCCGAGCCGUCUUCCACUUCAUCUGGAGGUCUAACAUGGACUGUGUACAUAGGGACACCAUGUACAAGCCUCUGGAUAACGGGGGAAGAACGUACCCAACGUCACUGUCAUCCCGAAGGCCUACUUUGUGUGUGGCUGCAUCAAGCUGUGCAUAG